CGGUUAGAUAAUGUAUUUAUGGGACUGGGCGUCUAGCGCGACGAGACUUAUUGAUCGGCGGCAACUGUGCGGGCGCGCAGCACACGGUCCGGCUCAACCAGCAGACGAGUGCGUGGGUCGUCCUGUGUAUGCACAAGUGUACUUGGCUGCAGCGUUGCAAUUCGAGGUGGGGUGAAAAAACGGCACCGCUGCCGACGAUCAAUAAUUAAACAACUGCAUAGUCGCAGUGUUUUAAGCGAUUCAAACACUAGCAAGUCUAGUCGUCAUCAGGUUCUGCCAACAUAGUUCACGGAACACAAGAGUAGCAGCAGAAUCCGAGAGGGGUAAAAUCAGAGGUACGCUCUUGUUUUAAAAUCCUGUCAGUCGUACGUACAUUAUUGACAUGGCCGUGACCGUUACAGGCAGAGUUGCUUUUUUAAAGCGUCUAUAAUAAAAAACUUUUGUCGAAUAUUUCAGACGAGUGAACGCAGUACAUUCUGUAUUCAGAAAUAAAAGACAUGAACAUUAAUUCGAAGGGGAAACAAUACUCGAAUGCAUUUAAGCUGGUUGCGGCACGAUGAGUUUGCUCGAGUUUAAGAUACUGUCGUUAUAAAAGACGAGUGUGAGCAGUGCUCUGCAAAUGACUGUCAAAAAACCAAAUAAAUAAUAAAAAAUAUGUUUUUGAAGACUUCACAUUAAUUAACGUCCUCUUUGAAAGCUUUUUCUUGAGCCAGAGAAGUUGGGAAAACCUACAUAAUGGAACUUAUGCAACGGAAUCAAACUACGACACGUGAUGUCUUGCAAUGAUUUAUCCGACGCUUUAGUGUUGAUAUUCAGAUUCGUGGUUUGCUGUUUCUGUUUAGUUACCUACCCAGGAACUUUAACAAUGACACGCACAUUACCUCCAUACUGGUACCUUCAGCCAAAAUGAGGUUGUGUCAAGUCGAUAGCCGAUAUAAAAUUUCGUCAAAUCGUUAAAAAAGAACCGAGCUCAAAUAAUAGGGACAGGGCUAUCGUGAUGGCGAUGACCAGUCUACGAUGAAUAUGGCCAUAGUUUCGUUUGAAACUGGUUAAUUAUAUGGUGAUGUUGAUCAUGACUUUACUUUAAGACAUAAUUUUUAUGUCGGUUAAGUUCGUUGUGUUCAGUAGAUAUUUGAAAAGUUAAUUAUUAUUGUAAACGAAACUAAAAUAUUUUAAGCAAAGGUGGUGUUUAUUUUGAAUUAUAAUGUAUCACGUUUUGUUUUACAUUCAUUAACACGCUUUUAUUAUAAAAAUUCACAUUUUGACAAAAUCACACCAUAAAUGAACACAUGCAGUUAUGUUUAAAUAAUAAACUUGGAUAUUAACAGUAUCGAAAAUUAUUUUAAUUUCAGUUAUUUUUAAUUAUCAGAACAAUUUUUUUUAAUGAUAACUUUAAUAUCAUAUUUAAUUUUGUUUUCUCACGGAUUCUUUAUUACACUAGGCAAAACAAAAGGUGUUUAUGGAGUCGACGAAAUUAUAUGUAAUUAUUAUGGAAAUAUAGAUACAAUGUGUAACUCAAAAUCAAUUAUGAAUGUUUCUUUAAUACCAGAUCAAUGUCAAGGAGUUGCUUUUGAGAGUUUUAUCAUUGAUAUCAACAAUACAAUAUAUCAUCUACAAGAAACUGAUUUUUUGGAAAGAUUAUUUACUAUAAGAAAAAAUGUUUAUGUCUACAUGGGUUAUACGAGCUAUGACCAGUGGUCAAAAUCAUUAAAUAACUUUCAUCAAAAUUCCAAUAAAAUUAUACGAAUGUUCAGAAAUUUUUUGUACAAAUAUUUUGUAAGAGGAAUAAUUUUCACUCAAUUAGAUCCCUGGGAAGUUGUUUCUAUGGAUGGAUUCAGUGCUAAACUACAUUAUUUUAUGCAGAAUUUGAAAGAUAGUUUUCCAUAUUUGAAAUUAGGAAUUAAUAUUGACUGGACGUCUUAUAAAUAUUAUAAUGACCCUACUUAUUACGAUUUUAACUACUUAAAUGAAGCUGCAGACUUUUUCGUUUUAAGAUUAGAUCAAAUGAAUUUUUGUUAUGAAGAUUAUCAUAAUGGAAUUAAUAUAUUAGAUGAUGUCUAUAUUGUUGUUACCAUUAAAAAUGUUGUAAAAGCAAUUAGAGAGAGCGCUAUAGAUUUAAGAAAAUUGUAUUUCUAUUUAGACUACUCUCCAUCAGUUACGACUUUUAUUGGAAAUAACGUCGAAACUUUGUGCAGAAGUUAUGAAGAAGUGUGCAUGAACCCAAAUGAAAUUUGCAAUUGGUGUGUAGAUACUGUGAAUACUCUAUACGAAAAAGGAGCAUUUCUGAAAAAUCACGCUCAAGGAUUGGUAUUGUCUUUUAUUGAUCUAGAUGCUUUUGACAAUACUUGGUGUUCGUGUGGUAAAUCAUUUCCUGGCUUUCACGCUGUUUUAAAUGGAUGGAAUAAUGAAUCUGUUGACAGCAUAAAUAAAUGUUCAUUAUUUGAUCGUAGUGCUUGUAUAUGAAACAUGCAUUUAUCUGUUGAAGACAUAUAUUAUAUAUAUAAUAAUAUAUUAUUGAUAAUAAUAAAAAUAAUACUAAUACUUCAGCUUCUAUGACCGUUAUCUAUGAUAUAUUAUGAAUUAUACUUAAAAAUUAUACAUUAUAUG